AUGACCUCACUAGUUGAAGAGUUCAAGGUUGCCAAAGGAAGACUGGUGGUAACCCUCAAAGAGUCAUCAGAUGACAUGAUAUGGAAGGCAGGCAUCGAGACACGCACAGGGCGAAAGUGGUCAGCAAGCCAGGCAGUCGCCCAGGCAGAAACCAGGCUACGACACAAAGACAUCGUGUGGUUCUUCGUGAUCCUGGGACCAAAGACCUGUAAUAGCUCAUGGAACAUAUCAGGCCAGAUUCUGGUGAAGUUUCUAAAAGCCGCCGGAUCUUCAGCCAUCAGUUCGGCCAUCAAAGUCUCUGUGACCGAGGCAAUAAGACAAGGCCUGGGCAGUAUAAAACCACAACGCUGGAGCACUGCCGGUAAGAAAGAAAGAAGCCAAAUGGUCCAGUAUGAGAUCAGGCUUUCAGAAGAGGAAGACAGGCGCGCCAGAGCAGUCGGAAUGGGAGGGCAGUGCGCAUGGACACAAUGGCAGACCACAGAAAGACACCUGACAUGGGUAGACAUUUGGCACUACAAACCACUACGACUCAAAUUCCUACUGAGAUCCGUAUAUGAUCUGCUGCCAUCUCCAGUCAAUCUACGCAGAUGGGGGUUAGUGGAAGACCCAAAGUGUCAGCUGUGCGACAAACCAGGAACCAUGCAGCACACCCUCUCGUCUUGCCAAACAGCGCUAACACAAGGCCGCUACAGAUGGAGGCACGACACGGUCCUCAAGGAGCUAGCAGACAUACUAGAGCGGAAGAGAAGGAAGACAAGACCUACCAACAAGAAGGCAGUACCAACAAUCAAAUUCGUCAAGGAAGGACAAACUGCCAAGAAGUCAAGAACCGCAGCAACAUCUAUCCUUGAUGAAUCAGAGCGUUGGGAGAUGAAGGUCGACCUAGGAAAACAGCUGGUAUUCCCGGACAUAGUCAAUACCACACAGAGACCAGACAUAGUUAUAUGGUCUCCCAAGGACAAGAAACUGGUAAUGAUAGAACUCACUGUACCCUGGGAGACUAGGUGUGAAGAGGCCUACGAGCGGAAAAUGGGAAAGUACACUGAGCUACAAGAACAGUGUAAAAGUCAUGGUUGGAGUGCCUGGCUGUUCCCCGUUGAAAUAGGGUGCAGAGGAUUCCCAGCCCAAUCAGUAUGGAGAAUGCUCAGCAACAUUGGGAUCAAGGGAGGUGACAGGAAGAGGGCUGUAGGCAGACUUGGACAAGCUGCAGAAAGAGCAUACGACUGGCUGUGGAUGAUGCGAGAGGAGAAGAGCUGGACGCUAAACCACUGA